GACAUGUCCUGCAAAUGAAGUAAAAGCAAUUUGCAUUGGUUUGCAUGCUUUUAACAUUAACCUCAGGGUGACUUCUGACUGGAAAGACUGCAGAGAGCACAUAUGGAAGCGAGUAUGGACGUGGAUGAUGUUUCUCCAUCCCAUCAGCAGCAAAAUCAACGGGGCUUGUGGAAAUCUUUCCACGGAAAAUCCAAACUCCCUGGCAGCCCCAAACUGAGCAAAAAAGACAGAAAGCAAGAAAGUGUGUUUCGGAUAUUUAAAAAGAAGCGUGCAAAUGGCUUGGACCGAGCUGUGUCUUCGUCUCAACCCAAUCUGCACAGCGCAGCAGCGGACGGUGAAGGCAGCGGGAGGACGCGCUGCGGCACGCCGGAGAUGAGUGCCUGUACGGCGGACGCGGCUGCAGCGUCGCUCGGAGCGGAGAUCCAGAAGCUGAAAAGAUCCGUCAGCCCCAAACCGACGCUCUCCCAGCUGCUGGAGUCUCAGUAUAAACCUGCUUCCACAUGCACUGAUGAUGCACAGACGCACAGUGAUGAAGAACAGGGCGAUAAAAGUGUGGGUGUUAAUACAGUUGCUAAGGGUGAUUUACAGCCUUCACUGCCCACUUCAACACUGUACCAGCUGGAUAUUGUGCUGAAAAGAGGAAACAACCUCGCCAUUCGAGACCGCGCUGGAACAAGUGACCCUUAUGUGAAGUUUAAACUAGCCGGUAAAGAAGUUUUCCGUAGUAAAAUCAUCCAGAAGAACCUGAACCCGGUUUGGGAAGAGCGCGUUUGCCUGAUAGUGGACAACUUACAAGAGCCUCUGUAUAUGAAGGUGUUUGACUAUGACUUUGGCCUUCAGGAUGAUUUUAUGGGUUCUGCUUACCUGUACCUGGAGUCUCUGGAGCAGCAGAGGCCUCUGGACGUUCGGCUGGAGCUUCAGGACCCUCACUGCCCUGAUCAGGACCUGGGCUCUCUGGAGCUGGCGGUCACUCUUUACCCGAGAAGCCCAGCAGACAGAGAGGCGCUCAGACAGGCGACUGUGCUACUGAGGAGAAGCUGGAAGCGAUGCAGUACGGUAAAACAACAGCAGCAGCAGAUGCAGCAGCAGAGUCCCCGUCUGUCAGAUCUGCACAGAAAGCCUCACAUGUGGAAGGGUAUAGUGAGCAUCAGACUCAUCGAGGGACGAAAUCUCAUCGCGAUGGACCAGAAUGGCUUCAGCGACCCUUAUGUCAAGUUUAAACUGGGCCCUGAAAAGUACAAGAGCAAGACAAUUCCCAAAACCCUGAACCCGCAGUGGAGGGAGCAGUUCGACCUGCAUCUAUACGACGAGGAGGGAGGAAUUCUGGAGAUUUCUGUCUGGGAUAAAGACAUCGGACGGAGAGACGACUUCAUCGGCCAGUGUGAGCUGGAGCUGUGGAAGCUGAGUCGAGAGAAGACCCACAAGCUGGAUCUGCAUCUGGAGGAGGACAAGGGCACGCUGGUGCUUCUGGUGACGCUCACUGCUACAGCCACCGUCUCUAUCUCUGACCUGUCGGUAAACCUGCUGGACGACCCAGACCAGCGGCAGCACAUCAGCAGGAGAUACAGCCCGCUCAGGUCCUUCUUUAAUCUGAAAGAUGUGGGGAUUUUGCAGGUGAAGAUCCUGCGGGCCGAGGGGCUGAUGGCUGCUGAUGUCACAGGAAAGAGCGACCCGUUCUGCAUCGCGGAGCUGUGUAACGACCGUCUGCAAACACACACCGUCUACAAGACCCUGAACCCCGAGUGGAAUAAAGUGUUCAGCUUUAAUGUGAAGGACAUCCACUCAGUGCUGGAGAUCUCAGUAUAUGAUGAGGACAGAGACCGCAGUGCUGACUUUCUAGGGAAAGUGGCCAUCCCUCUAUUAAGCAUCCGCAGCAGCCAACAGAAGGCCUACGUCUUGAAAAACAAGGAGCUGACAGGGCCAACAAAGGGGGUCAUCCUUCUCCAAGCGGACGUCAUCUUUAAUGCCGUGAGAGCCAGUCUGCGGACAUUCGUUCCUGCAGAACAGAAGUACAUCGAGGAGGAGGCAAAAGUCUCUAAACAGCUGCUGCAGCAGAAUUUUAACCGAGUGAAGCGCUGCGUCCUCUUCCUCAUUAAUGUGGGCUCCUACAUCAACAGCUGCUUCCAGUGGGAAUCUCCAUGUAGGAGUCUGUGCGCUUUCCUGAUCUUCGUGGUGGUGGUCUGGAAUUUUGAGAUCUACAUGCUGCCACUGUCUUUACUGCUGCUGCUGAUCUGGAAUUACCUCCGGCUGGACUCCGGGAAGGACACGUGUGAAGGAAAUGUGCAGGUGAUGGAGGACCUUCUAGAGGACGUGGAUGAAGACUCUGACAAAGAAGACAAGGACUCUGAGAAAAAGGGCUUUUUGGACAAAUUCUACGCAAUUCAAGAUGUGAUUAUAACAGUUCAGAGCGCUCUGGAUGAAGUGGCCAGCUUUGGGGAACGAGUAAAAAACACAUUUAACUGGUCUCAGCCUUUUCUGAGCUGGUUGGCCAUAACAGUGCUGUGUGCCGGUGCUACCAUAACAUAUUUCAUCCCACUGCGAUACAUCGUGCUGGUCUGGGGUAUCAAUAAAUUCACCAAAAAACUUCGAGCCCCCUACAGUAUCGAUAACAACGAACUGCUGGACUUUCUGUCUCGAGUUCCUUCAGACAUCCAGAUGGUUCAAUACAAAGAGCUGAAAGCGGACGCCAAUCAGAGUCCCAAUAAAAAACGGAGGAACAACCCUGGAUAAAUAAAUCUUAUUACCCGUCUAAAUCAACAGAAACACUUUAAGAAAAGGAGACGGCAAGAAGCAUUUCUAUUGUUUCCAUCAUUAUGCAGAAUUGCACAACUAUAAUAGCACAAACAAAUCAAAGACGGUUCAUAAAAUGUACUUUUAAUUAUUUAUACACCCAUUUUUACUCUCCAACACUGAUUCACAAUCAGCAUCAUUUUAAUAUGGAUAUAUAAAUAAGAGCACAAUCUGUAAAUAAAGAUGCUGCUGGAUUUGAGCUAGUUUUAUUCAUGCGAGUUGAACAUCUCUAAAAACAUGUGCCUACCACAGAUUAAACUCAUUAAAUGUAACUUUUACAGUAA